CGGAUAAGUAUCGAAAACGAGGCCUUCCUUAGCAUUCCACAAACAAAUCCAAAUCGGCUUAGAGAAGGUUGACACUUGUCCUGAUAAAAGACAAAGCUAUUUUAACUAGAAGUUGAGAAGGUUGAGGAAUUUGAAACUGCAAACAUGCAGUUGAAACAUUUGAAAAAUUUGCUACCACCACAGGAUGGGGCAGCAAAGAUAUGUUGCAUUGCUUGGGCUCCGAACAACCAAAAGAUGGCAGUUUGUACAUCAGACCGUGUGAUCUUAUUGUUUGAUGAACAAGGGGAAAAAAGAGAUAAAUUUUCCACAAAACCAGCAGAUGCCAAGUAUGGUAAAAGAAGCUACACAGUGAAAGGACUAGCUUUCUCUGGAGACUCUUCUAAAAUUGCUGUUGGACAAACUGACAACAUUAUCUAUGUGUAUAAAAUUGGAGAGGAUUGGGGAGAGAAGAAGGUAAUCUGUAACAAGUUUGUACAACAGAGUGCUGUAACCUGUCUUAUCUGGCCCCCGGAUCAACCCAUUGUGUUUGGACUGGCAGAUGGCAAGGUUAGAGCUGCCAACACAAAGACAAACAAAUCUUCUACUAUUUAUGGUACUGAGUCCUAUGUGGUUUCACUAGCUUCAAAUCCCUCUGGCAAGGGAUUUUUGUCUGGCCAUGCUGAUGGUGCCAUUGUGAGGUAUUUCUUUGACGAUGAAGGCUCUGGAGAUUCCCAGGGUAAGAUAAGCACACACCCGUGUCCUCCAUAUGCAUUGGCCUUUUCCCAGAAUUCCAUAGUAGCUGCUGGAUGUGACAAGAGAAUCAUUGCGUACGGACGUGAAGGUCGGAGUUUCCAGCACUUUGAUUACAGUCGGGAGGAAGAUGAACAUGAGUUUACAUGCGCUGUGUCCAGCCCAAGUGGACAGUCAAUAGUUAUUGGAAGUUUUGACAAGUUAAGGGUUCUGAAUUGGAGCCCAAGGAGACAGAUGUGGGAUGAACCAAAGCUAAAGGAGAUCCGUAAUCUGUAUACCAUUACUGCUCUGGCAUGGAAGAAAGACGGCUCCAGGGUUACUUGUGGCACCUUGUGUGGGGGAGUUGAAAUUUUUGAUUGCUGUCUGAAGAGAACCAUUUACAAGAACAAGUUUGAAAUGACCCAUGUUGGACUCAGUCAGGUGAUUGUGAAGAAUUUGUCGAGUGGUCAGAGAGUGGUGCUUAAGUCUCACUAUGGGUACGAGAUUGAUGAGGUCCGUAUCAUGGGGAAGGAUCGGUACCUAGUGGCUCACACCUCAGACACCAUCUUACUGGGAGACCUGGAGCAAAACAAGCUCAGUGAGAUUCCAUGGCAAGGCUCAGGAGGAAAUGAGAAAUAUUACUUUGACAAUGAAAAUGUUUGCAUGAUCUUCAAUGCGGGGGAGCUGGCCCUCAUAGAGUACGGAGCUAACGAGGUUCUGGGGUGCGUGAGGACGGAGUUUAUGAACCCCCACCUGAUCAGCGUCAGGCUGAACGAGAGGAAACAGAGGGGCGUGGAGGAUAACAAGAAGAUUGCCUACUUACUGGACCUCAAGACCAUCGCUAUCAUGGACUUGGUGACAGGAAUGACCCUUGGCCAGGUGAACCAUGAGUCCAAGAUUGACUGGUUAGAGUUGAAUGAAACUGGUAGAAAGAUCUUAUUUAGAGACAAGAGAAUGAGGUUGAACCUGUAUGACAUUGAGUCACAACAAAGGACAACUAUACUGAAUUACUGUUCAUAUGUACAGUGGGUACCAGGAAGUGAUGUGGUCGUGGCCCAGAACCGAGGAAACCUGUGUAUCUGGUACAAUAUUGACGCUCCAGAGAGAGUCACCAUGUUUUCUAUUAAGGGAGACAUAGUGGACCUUGAGAAGGCUGAUGGUAAGACGGAGGUGGUGGUACAGGAGGGGGUACAGACCAUCUCCUACACACUGGACGAGGGGCUGAUAGAGUUCGGCACCGCUAUUGAUGACGGGGACUAUGAGAGAGCUGUGUCAUUUUUGGAGACCCUUGAGAUGUCACCAGAGACUGAGGCCAUGUGGAAAACUCUGAGCAAACUGGCCAUGGAGGACAGAAGACUUCAUAUAGCAGAAAGAUGCUUUUCUGCUCUGGGGGACAUUGCUAAAGCCCGGUACAUGAAGGAGACCUUUAGACUUGCCGAGGAAAUAUCCAGGACAAAGGGUGGCGAUGGAUUCAACCAUUACAGAGUUAGGGCAAGACUGGCUAUAAUGGACAAGAGAUUUAAAGAAGCAGAGAGCAUAUUUCUUGAACAGAAUCAUGUGGAUGAAGCUAUGGAAAUGUACCAAGAGAUGCACAUGUGGGAUGAAGCCAUUGAAGUUGCUGAAGCCAAGAUGCAUCCAGAGUUAGACAAUCUACAGAGGAGUUAUUAUCAGUGGCUGAUCAACACAGGACAGGAGGAAGCCGCCGGAGAGCUUAAAGAAAGAGAAGAAGACUACCUGGCAGCCAUUAACCUGUACAUGAAGGCUGGUCUGCCUGCCAGGGCUGCAAGGCUAGCCACAAGUAGAGAAGAGCUAAUGUCAAAUUCAGAGUUGAUUUCAAGAAUUGCUUCAGCUUUGAUCAAAGGAGAGCUAUAUGAAAGGGCUGGUGACAUGUAUGAAAAAAUCAAGGACACAGCCAGGGCCAUGGAGUGCUUCAAGAAGGGACAUGCUUUCCGCAGAGCUGUGGAUUUGGCUCGCUAUGCUUUCCCAGCAGAAGUUGUUAAGCUGGAGGAACAAUGGGGAGACUAUUUGUCUUCUCAGAAACAGCUAGACGCUGCCAUCAACCACUACAUAGAGGCCGGGGCCACAACUAAAGCUGUAGAAGCUGCCAUUCAGUCUCGACAAUGGCUGAAGGCUGUCCAGAUUCUGGAGAUACAGGACUCUUCCAUGUCUGCCAAAUACUACAAACAGAUUGCAGAUCACUACGCUUCCAUUGGCGAAUAUGAGAAAGCAGAACAAUACUACGUGGAGGCUGGCUGUACUAGGGAAGCUGUGGACAUGUACAACAAUGCUGGAAAAUGGGAAAUGGCACACAAGUUGGCCUCCACCUACAUGAAAUCAGAUGAUGUAUCCACUCUGUAUAUUUCACAAGCACGUCAACUGGAAAGUCAGGCCAAGUUCAAAGAGGCUGAAAGGUUGUAUGUAGCAGUUCAGGAGCCAGACCUGGCCAUCACUAUGUAUAAGAAACAUAAGAUGUACGGGGACAUGAUUAGGCUGGUGAAGGUCCAUCACCCAGACCUUGUACAGGACACACACCUACACCUCGCCAGGGAGUUGGAAUCAGAGGGAAAUCUACGACAGGCUGAGCACCACUUUCUGGAGGCUGGAGAUUGGAAGGCUGCCGUCAACAUGUACAGAUCACAGGAUAUGUGGGAGGAGGCACAUAGGGUUGCUAAGAAUAGUGGAGGGGCCACUGCUGCCAAACAAGUUGCCUAUCUGUGGGCUAAAAGUCUGGGUGGAGAUUCUGCUGUCAAACUGCUGGCUAAGUUUGGUCUUGUGGAUGCUGCCAUUGAGUAUGCUUCAGAGAAUUGUGCCUUUGACUUUGCUUUUGAGCUGGCACGUUUGGCCAACAAGAACAAACUCCCCGAGAUCCAUCUGAAGCAUGCCAUGUACCUGGAGGAUGAGGGAAGGUUCCACGAGGCUGAGGCUGAAUUCAUCAAGGCCGGAAAACCCAAGGAGGCCGUCCUUAUGUAUGUCCAUAACCAGGAUUGGGACUCGGCCCAGCGAGUUGCUGAGCAGAGUGACCCAGACUCAGUGGCUGAUGUUCUUGUAGGACAGGCUCGAUUUGCCUUUGAGGAGAAGGAGUACGCUAAGGCUGAGUCUUAUCUGUUACGUGCCCAAAGACCGGAGCUGGCUGUCAAAUAUUAUAAGGAGUCUGGCAUGUGGCAAGAUGCUCUGAGGGUAUGCAAGGAAUAUAUUCCCCACAAAUUACAACACUUACAAGAUGAGUAUGAACGAGAAAUGGCUGACAAAGGAGGUCAAAGUGGAAUUGAGGCUAUGGUACGACAGGCCCGGGAAUGGGAAUCAUCAGGAGAAUAUGCCAGGGCAGUGGAAUGCUACCUUAAAGUGACCACAAAUUUGACUGAUGAUAGGAAUGUGUUAGAGAAAUGCUGGAUGAAGGCUGCAGAGCUAUACCUGAAUGUGGACUUGAUUAAGGAUGCCAUUGACAUGUUCAUUGCUGCAGAAGAAUGGAAUAAAGCUAAGAGGGUGGCCAAGGAGUUGGAACCAAGAUUGGAAGCUUAUGUUGAUGAACGCUAUAAAGACAGUCUUAAAAACCAAGGAAAGGCUGAACAGCUUGCCAGUGUGGACGUUGUGGGUGCUUUGGAUAUGUACAUUGAGAAAGGAGAAUGGGAGAAAUGUCUGGAAACUGCUGCACAACAGAAUACAAAGGUUCUGCAUAAGUAUGCUGCACUGUAUGCCACCCAUCUAAUAAAGAAUAAUGACAGUCGCAAAGCUCUGGAAGUGUACGCCAAGUAUGGGGCACCUGCUAAUGCUCAGAAUUUUAACAUUUACAAGAGGAUAUUCAGUGACCUUGUAAGCAUGAGAGGAUUAAACAAACCAGAUGCUUACCACACCUGGGGAGAACUGAGAGAUGUUUUGUUUGACUUGUGUGAUAACAUGAGUAAGGGUUCGGAUGCUAACUCCCCUCAGCACGCCGAGUUUGAGUCCCUGUUGCUGAUUGCUCAUUACUAUGCCAACCGUUCAGCAUUCCAGCCACACAAAUCUCUGGAGGAGUUAGCCACAAAGCUGGCUGUCAGUUUACUGCGGCACACCGACAUAAUCCCGGCCGACAAGGCUUUCUACGAGGCUGGAAUGAUGUGCAGGAGUGUGGGUUGGGAGAAUGCAGCCUUUGUUUUCUUGAAUAGAUACCUGGACAUUUCAGAGGCUAUUGAGGAAGGAUCUCUAGACAUGUUAGACCACAGCGACUUCCAGGACACAGAUAUUCCAUUUGAAAUCCCACUCCCAGAAAAGCCAUAUCUAACAAGCCAGCAACAUGAGGAGGUUAAGGAGUGGGUGUUAGCUGUCUCCAUGGAUCAGAAAGUGGAACAAGUCUUACCCAGAGACGAGCGUAACUGCUACGAGGCAUCCCUGAUCGCUCCAGACACAGGAAUUCGCUCUCCACCAUGUGUGGUCACAGGGUAUCCAGUAUUGAAAACUCCAAUGGAAUUCAAACGACCAGGAAAGGUGGCUAACAAGGAUGACUGGAACAAAAUCAUAAUGGCUGCUAAGGUUUCUCACAGCCCGGAGUUGAAUGACAUUCUGAAGUUUAUUGGAGUCUGGUGUGGAUCCACUCCCAAUCCAAGUUAUUCAUUCCAGUAAACUAUUGUAUCCACUCCCAAAUCAAGUCACUUUGUAGUGCUUUUUAGAUCUGAUAUUUGUUAUUGUUGAUCAACUGUUCCUUUGACUGUGAUGUUAAAUGUGUCCGUCCUUAAGAAAUAACUUUCUCUUUUCAGUGUUAUCUAUUAUAUAAAGUGUAUAGAGCUGAAUAAAAAUGUGAAAUGGAGGAGUGUCCAUAUAUUUAU